AUGGACACCUCCACGCCGCACAAACGCAGUGCAUCGCCCGAGUCCUACGACGCAACGACGCUCGCCACGCUGUGGGCGUUCACCUUCGUCGCUUUGCUCGUGAUCGCAACGCGGCUAUCGUGGCGGUACCGGCGCAACGAACCAUUCUUCACCGAAGACCUCUGGAUGGCGUUCGCGAUGGUUCCGCUGCUGACGCGGCUCGCGUGCACACACUCGACGCUCGUCAACUUCACCGUGCACUUCGACCGCGAGCUGCACCCGCUCGACCGCAUGGCGCCCGACGAGAUCGAGCGUCGCAGGUUCGGCUCGAGGAUGAUACUGCCUGGCAGGAUCUGCUACGCGGGUUUCCUCUGGUGCAUGAAGGUCUGCAUACUCAUCUGGCUCGAGAAGGUCACGGGAAAGACACAUCCGUAUGGCAGGGCGAUAAAGGCGUGGCCCGACCCCGGCAGCUGCGUGAAGGCGCAGGCUCAGCUGAUGACCAUGGGAGCGCUCAACAUCACAACAGACAUCUGCCUGAUGGUCAUCCCGCUGCCACUGAUCUUCCGGGUGCGGCUGCCCGUCUUCCGCAAAGUGCAGCUCGCACUGCUUUUCUGCGUAAGCUUCUUCGUGAUCAGCAUCACGGUGAUCCGGAUGCCCAUAAUCGUCGGCAACGGCGUAGCGCAGAAGUCCCGCACCCUCUGGGCGUCGAUCGAGGUGAUGACAGCGUGCUUCGUCGCCAACGCGCCAGUAUUCAACAGCUUCAUGCACACGGUCCGCAACCGCCGGCGCUCGUAUAUCGACCACCAGCAGGUACCCCACCCCUCCGAGGCAGGACGCCGCAUCCGCAUGCCCGUCACGGGACAGGACAGCUUCGGCAGCCUCACACGGAACGAGCGGCUGGAAAGCCAGGUUGCUCCCCCCCAUCCCCCCUCCCCCCUCCCCCCACCCCUUCCCCCACCCACCCCCGCAGGCUGCACCAGUGACUGA